UCGGGUCGUCCGGGUCCUGUACUGAUUGAUAUCCCGAAGGAUAUCCAGCAGCAGCUUGUUGUGCCCAAUUGGAAUUUGCCGAUAAAACUACCGGGUUAUCUGUCCAGAUUGCCGAAAUCACCGGACGAUGCCCAUCUGGAGCAGAUUAUUCGGUUUAUAUCUGAGUCCAAAAAUCCAGUCUUGUAUGUUGGUGGUGGAUGUUUGAACWCAAGCGAGGAGCUGAGACGUUUUGUGGAGCUCACAGGCAUUCCCGUGGCAACUACUYUAAUGGGUCUUGGGGUUUACCCUGRAUMAGACGAGYUAUCCCUUCAGAUGCUUGGAAUGCAUGGUACUGUUKAUGCYAACUAUGCRGUAGAWGAAUCUGAUUUAUUGCUUGCAUUUGGAGUCAGAUUUGAUGACCGUGUCACAGGAAAAAUUGAGGCUUUUGCUAGUCGGGCUAAGAUUGUUCACAUUGAUAUUGACCCGGCUGAAAUUGGGAAGAACAAGCAACCYCAUCUCUCAAUCUGYACUGAUGUAAAGUUGGCACUAGAAAGGUUAAACAGGUUGAUAGAGGAAAGAAGACCAAAGCUCAAGUUUGRAUUUUCAGCAUGGAGGGAAGAACUUAAUGAACAGAAAAUCAAGUAUCCAUYGUCUUUYAAGACKUUUGGAGAAGCCAUUCCUCCUCAGUACGCAAUUMAGGUUCUKGAUGAACUGACAGAUGGAAAUGCUAUUAUAAGYACUGGAGUCGGGCAGCAUCAGAUGUGGGCAGCUCAAUGGUACAAGUACAAGAGGCCGCGCCAGUGGUUAAYAUCAGGCGGAUUWGGUGCAAUGGGUUUUGGGUUGCCUGCUGCUAUUGGGGCUUCUGUGGCCARACCUGAUGCCAUUAUUGUAGAUAUUGAUGGGGAUGGAAGUUUUAUCAUGAAUGUCCAAGAGCUUGCAACUAUAAGGGUGGAAAAUCUCCCCAUCAAGAUGUUGCUUUUAAAUAAUCAACAUUUGGGUUUGGUUGUUCGUUGGGAGGAUCGGUUCUACAAGGCAAACCGGGUAACAAAGUUGAAGUUUGCAGAACUUGGGAACCCAUCAAAGGAGUUUGAGAUUUUUCCCAACAUGUUGAAGUUUGCAGAAGCUUGUGAUAUACCAGCUGCCCGUGUAACAAAGAAGAGCGAGCUAAGGGAAGCAAUUAAGAAAAUGUUAGAGACCCCUGGACCAUACUUGCUGGAUGUUGUCGUACCCCAUCAAGAGCAUGUGCUGCCUAUGAUUCCAAGUGGUGGAGCCUUCAAGGAUGUGAUCAUUGAAGGUGAUGGUAGAUCGAUGUAUUGACCAUGCAGUAUUGGCAGUGCUGUGCUUUUUAAUCUAAAUCCAAGUUUGAUAAAAAAUGUUGUCUGUGUUACAGUUCACUAGUCUACGUUUAUGAGGUGCUAUAUGUAGUAUGGUUAAAAUGUAUAAGUUCAUUUUUUGCCAAUAUUAACUGCCUCUGGUGUUAAAUUAGUUAGUUCUUUAGUGUGUAGUAAUUAAUAGUUUUUUUAUUCAAUCUGAUAGCUACUUCUUGUAGACUCCAAAGUCUCUUUUAUGUAUGAGAGGUAUAGUUCAUCCUUCCACAGCAA